GCUGCGUACCUCCGCUGCUGUGCGUCACUGCCGUUCAUCUCCCUCUGUCACUCCAGGCUGUGAUGGCGGAGGCGAACGAUACCGACGUAAUGAUGAGCUACCACGGUGAUUUCCCAAAAAACGACAGAAAAAGCAGCCGCUACCCUUUCUGCAUUGUCUGGACACCUAUUCCCAUUUUAACGUGGGUGCUCCCCUUCAUCGGUCACAUGGGCAUAUGCACUUCUGCUGGAGUCAUACGAGAUUUCGCAGGGUCAUAUUUUGUCUCGGAGGAUAACAUGGGGUUUGGUAGACCCACAAAGUAUUGGAAGCUUGAUGUGGAUAAAGUGUGUGGUAAUGGUGCAGCUACAUGGGACAAAGCUGUGCACGAUGCAUCAGAGGAGUACAAAUGCAGGCCGCACAAUCUGUGCUUUGAUAACUGCCAUUCCCACGUUGCCAUGGCCCUCAACCUGAUGCGCUACAACAACAGCACAUCCUGGAACAUGGUAAACCUGUGUGUGCUGUCUCUCAUUCACGGGAAACACGUAAGCUGGGCCGCUUUCCUCAAGACCUGGCUGCCCUUCGUCAUGCUCAGCGGAGUCCUCGCCACCUUCAUCCUCACGUUUAACCUACAGUAGUGCGGCGAGCAGUAGAACCAGC